UAUAUUGCUACCCAGGAGACAUUGCGAGUGUAAUGCAAAAUGGCGGCAAAGUCGAGGUAUUGUGAUUGACAGUAGAAUGUCUCUCCUAAAAAUAUUAAAACAAGGAGUUUCAUCAUCCGAAAUUAGGAGCAGAAAAAAGAUUCAAACCUAUUGGUAAAUGAAGGAUAAUUAUCUUAAUUAUCAUAUGAAGAAAUGGCAUAAGUGACACUAGAAUCACCAGAAGUUUGGGACCAGGCGACUUCUAGUAGAAUUUGAAGUCAUCAGUCAAAGGAGGCUUCGAAGAAAACCACAACUGUACGAGAAAACGUUUAAAAAUAUCUAGCUGGAGAUCUCCUGGACCUUUCAAGAAGCAUGAAUGGCGCUAUUAUUCCACAUACGCCUAACGCGGUGGAUUUCUGGAAUGCAAGAGAGACAGCGGCCAAGAACUGUCGUUUGUUUUUCCUAACACAUGCUCAUGCAGACCACACAGUGGGUCUCUCGUCAUCUUGGAAAAACCACAAGAUUUAUUGCUCAGAAUUAACUAAAAGAAUCAUUCUGCACAAAUUUGGGAUUUGUAAAGAACUUGUGGUUGGGCUUCCUGUGGAUCAACCUAUUGUCAUAGCAAUGGAUGAAGUGGGGAAGGAGAACCUUACAGUUACUUUAAUUGAUGCAAAUCACUGUCCUGGUGCUGUAUUGUUCCUCUUUCAAGGGUAUUUCGGUAAUAUUCUGUACACUGGAGACUUCCGGUACCAUAGCAUGUUCAAUACGCAUUAUGCAUUGCAACAUACCGUGAUUGACAAGUUAUAUCUAGACAAUACCUACUGCGAUCCAAAGUGUGUAUUUCCAACAAGAGAAGAGGCAACAAAUAUGAUCUUGGAUGUUGUAAGAAAACAUUUGGAUUUUAACAUAGUUUUUGGGAUGAACACAUUAGGGAAGGAAGAUUUGAUGGCCAAAAUUGGAUUGACAUUUCAUAAAUGGAUUGGAGUGGAUCCCAAAAGAAUGGAGCUACUAAAACUUCUUGACUUACCUGAUGUUUUUACUUGUGACAUUGACUCCACGAGCAUAAGAAUUGUCAUGAAGAAUGAAAUAUCAAAGAGAAACCUCCAACUUUGGAACAACCAACACCCUACCAUUGCCAUCUUGCCAACAGCCCUCUUCGAAGGUGAAACUAACAUCUACCAGAACAUGGAUAAUGUUUUUGUAAUACCAUUCUCAGAUCACUCAUCCUUUAAUGAACUAAUGACUUUUGUAUCUGAGAUAAAACCCAAGGAAAUUGUUCCUUUAGUUCUAAGACACAGAGGUGCAAAGGGUGAUCCUGAUAACACUAGAGUCAAUAUGGCUGUCUUCAGUUCUAUGCUGAACAAGGAACCCUUAGGUACCUUUACUAUCCCUGAAACAGUCCUGCAAUUUAUGGGCAUGAGAACGACAGUAAAUAAAGUAAAGAAAAGAACAAAGUCAUUUGGAAACCCCAGACGAAAGAAGCAAAAAUGUUCAGGAGUGGUGUUUAGUGAUGAAGAAGAAGAAAAGGCUGAGAUUUCUUUGCACAAUCCAGAGUUGAAAAUGCCUGAGAAUAAAACUUAUGUGGAUAGAAAGCUGUCUAGUUCCUUAGAACCRGUCAAUCCAGCUAUAAAUACAGGAUUUACUAGUAUUUCAGGAAGUACAGAUGAGGUCAAUGCUAGAGAAAAAAUACUUUUGCAGGAUUCCUGUGCUUUGGAAAACACAAACCUAAAGUUGUGCAAACCUGACAUGGACUUAAAUACCAAGGGAUCUACUUUGGAACAAGUUGAUAUUGAUGUGGAGUUGACUGGUACUUUGAAGAGAAAAGAGGACAUAAAGAUUGAGCUAGAAGAUCCCCCAGAUCUGCAAAAUUUGUGUGUUAUGGAAGAGAUGAAUACGCAGACUUGUACAUGUAAAAGAGAAAAGGAGUUAGUUCCCAGAAUGUGUAAUGUGCUGAAACAAGAAGAAGAUAUCAAGACUGAUGAUCAGAGAAUGAAUUUCCUACAUGACAAACAAGAAAAAGAAAAUGAAGCCAAACUACUACACUACCAAACUAACAAGAAUUCCACUGUCAACAAAUCCUCAUUGACUAGCAAAGAGGCUGAAAGUACAACUAAUAAUUCUACAGAAGAUCUUAAACUUGCUCGGAAACUCUUAGAUGCAUUUAAUUCUGGACAGUAUGAAGAUGAAUGCACUCUUGUUAACCCUGUGUACAAGAGGUUUGAGAGUCACUUUUGUGAAUACUUGAGAACUUUGACAUCAAAGACAACACUAGAAGCCAAAAAGGAUGCAAAAAGCAAGUAUCCUUUGCCCAGUUCACCAAGAAUGAAAUGGGAUACUAAGUCAGAAGGUUCUUUUGCUUCUCAUCUAAAAAUGAACUUUGUUUUGGGUGACGAAAAUGAUGAUUCUGAGGAGGAAAGUGCAGCUGGGUUCAAUUGGUUUUCAAGUUAAUGGUGAAUCCCAGGAAGGAAAUCUUAAGAGCAUUGUUCGUGCUUCUUUAAUCUUCAUAGUCCUAUUGUGAGAUAACAAAAAUGGUGCAUCGUGCAGAGGUGUAACCAGGAUUUCUCAAAGGAGGGAGACCAAAGUCAAGGAUUUUGUUUGAGCCCCCAAAAUGCCUAACCCCCUCCCACCCAAAAUAGCAUUAUGUUUUAAUUUAACAAAAAUUAGAAACAAAUUUUAAAAUUACCUUGGGUCCCCCCUUCCCCCUUUCUACACCCCUGAUUGUGGUCUAGGUUCCGGGGCCACCAGUGAAAAACGUUUGCGCAUGCGUGCACUUCAGCACGUUUUCUAAGAAUUUUGAAGAGUUUGAGUGAGAAAAUAAAUGUUUGUUUUCUCC